UCGAGGCACACUAUAGCCUUGGUGAGGUAACCGCGUGUGUUUGAGAAGAACGCGCGUGUUUUAUGAGUUUUGCCGUUGGGGGCCGGGCGCCGGUGGAACUUUGGACCCGGUGUGUUCGCUCGCUCUUAUCGGCACGCAGCGUGGAUUGAUUCCGUGCGCGGGAUUCGGCCCGUAUCGUGCUUAUCGGCGACCUUACAAACGGAGAGGCACUACGGCCACUACGGCGACGGAGAACCAGAUACUACUUCGUGCCGUAAGGGGAGGGGUCGAAAUUAGGACGACUGAAAAUGGUCCGUCUAACCUCGUCCUGGGCGACGGCGCCUGUUCUUCUCUUCGUUCUUUUCGUCAAGCAAGGCGCUUGCGUUCAACUAGAGUGCGACCCUCGAAAAUUCUACGAGCUCUACUCGCCCGUCAUCUCCUCUCUAAAGUUCAGGGUAACGGGACAACUGAACACCCCAUACAUACUGCAACGGGACUGCGACGCCCUGAAAGACGUCACCCAGCGAGUGGAAACGUUGCUCGAAGGAUGUAGCGCUGACAAGAACGAAAAUCUGAAGAAAGAAAUAAGGGGCUUGCAAUUAACCCAGGAAUCUUUGUGCGGCAGCGAACUAGAGGACGACCUGAACAUCUGGCAAGACUGUUUCGAUGCGAAGGUCUUCGCUGAAUGCAAGAAGAACGUCGAGGAGCGGCUGAACAAGCUCGAACAAGACGGCGCCCUGGACGUUACAGGAGACCGCCUAUGCAGAAACCGGUCGCUGAGCUUCCAGUGCGCACUGCAGGCAGGUGCAGGUUGCCCCCAGAAAGCGGAAAGGGCCAGGAAGGCCGUGGAAAACUACAUCAACGCUCUCAUGGACACGUCGAUUUGUCGGAGACCUACCGAGUACGCUUGCGAGGAUGACCUGUUCCGCAAUUGCUACUGGAGUGUCCCGGACCCUAGAGUUUGGCAAUUGCCCAUGUUCCCGAGCGGUGCAGAUGAGCUCGCCGAAGGAUGCAAAGUCGCGAAAUCCGUGCCUACUUGCACAAGGAACGUGCAGAUCGAGCGAUGCCCCGAAGAGAAAAAGAAAUAUCUGUAUACCCUCAAGGAUGGCUUUCGGUCAAUCCCUGAUUCCCUUUGCAACGAACAACUUCGAGCAGGCGCCGAAGUGUGGAACAAGUGCCUGAACCAGAAGGCACUGGCGAACUGCAAGUUAAAGAUUCCGGAACCUAAUCCGAACUUGGACACCGAAGCGGACAGGGACGCUGAUUUCUGCAGGAUAAGAGAAGAGACGCUCAAGUGCGAACUGGCGGCGGGCUCAGACUGCCCUGCCUCUGCAAGCGCGGCCGAGAAGGCCCUGUACGAUCUUCGCGCGAUCGAGCUCGACUUGCUCAGAUGCCCCCGGCCCAAGAUCGACGGCUACGGCGGCAGCGGCUUCAGCACGACCCCCGCCAUCCUCGUCACGCUGUCAGCCUUGUGCGUUGCGCUGCUUCCCGUGAAGCAGACUCUUCUCCGGUAUUUGAAUUAGAACGUCGGUUCGAGAGCAACCAGCGAUACUCAAAGCACCCCUUAUAGACCGACACUCCGUCUACAAACUAAAAGUCGACGUUUGCUCACACCACGGGCAGAGCGCGCGCGCAGAAACCAGAAAGCGAAGCACUUGGGGAGCGCGCGGGGGUGCGCUCCCCAAGUGUGCUUCCCACGCGCAAGGCCGGCGAUCUGAACGCGCGAAUGAAAACAUCCGCGGCGUCGCAUCGGCGCCGGCCUUGCGCCUGCGAUCCGGUCAUUGGACGGAAUUAAUUUUGAUACUCAAAACUAGUCAGAAAGAGAUGGGUGGAUAUAGGCGUGCGAAAAGGAUUUAGCGGAAAGCGUCCAAUAAAAGUGGGUCAUUUUGUGCACA